GGUAUCAGCUGAUUGCGCGAAUGCGACAAGGGAGCGCGCUUGUCCGGUUCGGAGGUGACGAUAAUCUUCAGCAAAAUUUGGGUCGAACGCGAGACGCGGAGGAGGGGAAUUUCUACAAUUUUAAACUGCCGUACCCCAGCGAGCAAACUUGCCGCAUUUCUCGAUGUCGAAACGAACGAGAGAGACUCGCUGUCGACAUCUUUGGAUUUCUAAUCGGCCAGGAGAAUUGAAAGAGAGGGUGCGCUUUCGCGAUCAGCGGCCAAGUUCAAGUGCGGUCGGUCGACCGGUCGUGGAUGUCAACGGCGGCGAACUUUCGAAGUUUCAGACCGGGAUCGACGGUGGGGAUCCACGGUGGUGGCCCAGCCACAUCGGGUAUAUAAAGCGGCCGCGAUCAACACUGGACAUCAUCAGUCUCGCUUUGGUAGAUCCAAAACCAACCAAAUCCAUUCAACAAUGGCAUUCAAGUUCGUCGCUUUUGCCGCCCUCGUGGCCGCCGCCAACGCCGGUGUACUCGCCCCUGCUGCUUCCCUGGCGUACGCCACAGCUCCCGUGGCUGUAGCCCCCGUUGCCAAGGCGGUCGACGCUGACUUCGACCCGCAUCCCCAGUACAGCUACGCUUACGACGUACAUGACAGCUUGACCGGUGACGCCAAGAGCCAGCAGGAGACCCGUGACGGCGACAUCGUCCAAGGCAGCUACUCCCUCCUUGAAGCUGAUGGCACCAGGCGCACCGUCGACUACACCGCUGACCCAGUCAACGGAUUCAACGCCGUAGUCCGCAAGGAACCCGCCGCCGUCGCUGUGAAGGCCGUCGCUGCUGCUCCCAUCGCCGCUCACGUCGCACCAGCUCCCAUCGCUUACGCUGCACCAGUCGCCAAGUUCGCCCCCGUCGCCAAAUUGGCCACCCCGAUCGCUGCUCCCUUCACCUACGCCGCGCCAGUAGCCAAGUACGCCGCCCCGGUCGCUGCUCCCAUCAGCUACGCUGCUCCCAUUGCCAAGCUGGCCACCCCGGUCGCCGCUCCCAUCAGCUACGCCGCUCCCGUGGCUAAGAUCGCUACCCCCGUCGCUGCUCCUGUGGCCUACGCCGCGCACCCAGCUCCCGUCGCCUACGCCACACACGCAGCUCCCGUCGCCUACGCAGCACACCAAGCUCCCGUCGCCUACGCCGCGCACCCAGCUCCCGUUGCCUACGCCGCGCACGCAGCUCCCGUCGCCUACGCCGCGCACGCAGCUCCCGUCGCCUACGCCGCGCACCCAGCUCCUGUGGCUGUUGCCGCACAUGCCGCCCCCGUAGCGUAUGCCGCGCAUGCAGCACCCAUCGCUAAGAUCGCUGCCGCGCCAGCCAUCUCCUACGCUGCUCCCGCAGCCUACAUCCACUGAUCACCUCGUCCCCGCCAUCCCCCACGUUGUCGACUCAGGCCGAACUUUUAUUUAUUUUUAUAGCAGACUCUUUUCUAAAUGUGACUGAUUAAAGUGAGUUACAUAAUGUAA